AUAUGGUGAAACUAUUGAUUUAGAAGACAUGUCCAUGUUUAGUACCACAGAAGAAUUAAAAGAUCAUCUUAACAUGAUAAUUGGUACGGUAUGUGGAUGGAUCGAAUUCUCAUGGACAAAAAAUGGUGAAGUGAAUGGUAUAAAAAUUGAUAAAAAUUAUACAUUGUGA